AUUUGAUUGGUCGCAGAAAAGACCGGAAACUACGUCUGCGUCGCUCUAACGCGAGAACGGGAUUUGUGAAGGCCGGGACUUUCAUUCAACGAUUCGGGGAAAAGUCCACGGGUUGUUUUUGUUUCGUUUAUCCAUCCGCCCGUCAGAAGUUUGGAAGAUGGCCACAACGGACGUCCGGCUUAACCACACGAUCUACAUCAACAACUUGAAUGAGAAGAUCAAGAAGGAUGAGCUCAAAAAGUCUCUGUACGCCAUCUUCUCGCAAUUCGGCCAGAUUUUGGACAUCUUGGUCGCGCGAAACCUUAAGAUGAAGGGUCAGGCCUUUGUGAUCUUCAAGGAGGUGAACAGCGCUUCCAAUGCUCUGAGAUCCAUGCAGGGAUUCCCUUUCUAUGACAAACCCAUGCGUAUCCAGUACGCCAAGCAGGACUCUGACAUCAUAGCUAAAAUGAAGGGGACCUAUGUGGAGCGUGACCGCAAAAAAGAGAAAAAGAUCAAGGUUCCAGAUGCAGCAGGAGCUAAGAAAGGUGUACCGGGAGCUGCACCCAUGGUCGCUGGGGUACCUGCUGCCAUGCCUGGAAUGCCUCCCAUGAGCCAGGCUCCACGCAUGAUGCACAUACCAGGCCAGCCGCCCUACAUGCCCCCUCCUGGCAUGAUGCCUCCUCCGGGGAUGGCACCUGGUCAGAUGCCCCCUGGUGCCAUGCCUCCUGGUCAGAUGAUGCCCGGACAAAUGCCUGGACAAAUGCCUCCCCAGGCCGAAAAUCCACCCAAUCACAUCCUCUUCCUCACCAACCUGCCAGAAGAGACGAACGAACUCAUGCUCUCGAUGCUCUUCAACCAGUUCCCUGGGUUCAAGGAGGUGCGUCUGGUCCCUGGUCGCCACGACAUCGCCUUUGUGGAGUUUGAGAAUGAAGUGCAGGCCGGAGCUGCGCGUGAUGCACUGCAAGGCUUUAAGAUCACACAAGCGAACGCCAUGAAGAUCUCAUUCGCAAAGAAAUAACCUUUCUUAGAACUGGUUGUUUUCUCUCACACAGACAGACACACAGGUCUUUUUUAACGAAUGAACCUACAGUGACCCAACAUGAAAACUAUUUUAGAAAUGUACAGUGCAGCCUGAAUUAUUUUUCUUCUUCCAGGAUUACAUGUAAGUAUACUUUAUCACUAUCAAGUUGCUGUGUUUCAUUGUGCUACAAAAGUCUUGACCUAAAAUCGGGGGAAUUCACCGAAGUUGAGUUCUGCAUCCCUUGAUAGGAUUUUUUUACAAAUGAAUUUCAUUUGGCUUUAUACUCAAAUCGACCAGCAACUUGAUGUGUUGUACUCUAUUUUUAACUGUUUGUCAUUAAGCAUUGCACCCAGAGUCUGUUCUACCAGACACUGUACCUGGAGCUUUUUCUUUUUUAUAAUUAAACGUUUUCUUUGAGAAUGUC